AUGAAAGUGUACAAGGAUACAUAUGGCUACAGUGUAGGACCAGACCACUUGGCCAACACUGAGGUCCUUCUGUCCUGUUCCCAGUCUGCUCCCAAUGGCCAUCCGAUUGGCUUUCCGACCUCAAACGGGGACAGCUCUUACCUGCUCAACGACGCACAGACAAUGUACAGUCCGCAGCAACUCAGGGGCCCAGUUCCCAGCCUGGGUGGGAUUAACCACACCCAGCGACAUCUAAAGACUCACAUGGCUCAAAGCAGCUUUGAGAAUCCAGUGGAUCUGUCCAGUGGUAAACUUGUUGGCUUAAAUAGACAUGUGAAGGAGGAAUCAGCACAUCAUCAUGGCUAUGGUGGUAACCAUGCAACAGUUACUUCUUCCAUGACGAUAGGGAUACCCAGCCAGUCUUGUGAUGCAUCUCACAUGGUGGCAGGGUCCCUUACACCACCAGAAAAAAUCAAUGGAGAGUUAGUUCCCAUGGCAACUUCCAGCCCACUCAGCAUUAGUACGAUAGCCCAGACUCUAGCAGCACCCCCCAGUCCCAUCUCUACUCCGUCCCCAAGGUUUUCUUCUAAUGGCUAUGAACAGCAUCCUCCACAUCGAAGUCAGUACCAAGACCAGAGACUUACAAGAGAAGCGAUGAGAACCUAUUUAAAAGACAGAGGUGACCAGAUACUUGUAAUAUUACAUGCAAAAGUUGCACAAAAGUCAUAUGGAAAUGAAAAAAGAUUUUUUUGUCCGCCUCCCUGUAUAUAUUUAUUUGGAAAUGGAUGGAAGAAGAAAAAGGAAGAACUGGAGAGGGAAGCCACGACAGAUCAUGACUCUAUUGUGUGUGCCUUCAUGGGGAUUGGCAACUCAGACCAGGAGAUGGUACAGCUAAACCUCGAGGGAAAGAAUUAUUGUGCGGCAAAGACAUUAUAUAUAUCAGACUCUGAUAAGAGAAAGCACUUCAUGUUAACAGUGAAGAUGUUCUAUGGAUGUGAUCAAGAAAUUGGUGUCUUCAACAGUAAACGUAUUAAAGUUAUAUCAAAGCCCUCCAAAAAGAAACAGUCGCUGAAAAAUGCUGACUUGUGUAUAGCAUCAGGGACAAAGGUAGCUCUGUUUAACCGACUUCGCUCACAAACCGUCAGUACAAGGUACCUCCAUGUAGAAAAUAGCAACUUCCACGCCAGUUCUACCGAAUGGGGUGCUUUCACCAUACACCUUCUGGACGAGAAUGAAGGAGAAUCUGAAGAAUUCACAGUUCGGGAUGGCUAUAUACAUUAUGGUUCUACCAUCAAACUAGUCUGCUCUGUCACAGGAAUAGCUCUACCUCGCCUUGUAAUACGAAAAGUUGAUAAGCAGACAGCCAUAUUGGAUGCUGAUGACCCCGUAUCUCAACUUCAUAAGUGUGCGUUCUACAUGAAAGACUCAGAACGCAUGUACCUCUGUCUGUCUCAGGAACGAAUUAUUCAGUUCCAGGCCACGCCCUGUCCAAAAGAACUUAAUAAGGAAAUGAUAAAUGAUGGAGCUUCCUGGACGAUAAUCAGCACAGACAAAGCUGAAUACACCUUCUACGAAGGAAUGGGACCGGUCAAGAGUCCGGUCACCCCUGUACCUGUGGUCAGUACUUUACAUUUAAAUGGUGGAGGUGAUGUAGCCAUGCUGGAAUUAUCCGGGGAGAAUUUCACUCCUGCAUUAAAGGUCUGGUUUGGUGAUGUGGAGGCAGAGACUAUGUUCAGGUGUGAGGACACAAUGUUCUGUGUGGUACCUGACAUAUCUGCUUUCAGGGCGGGUUGGCGGUGGGUACGACAGCCCCUACAGGUACCUGUUUCUCUAGUGCGAUGUGAUGGUAUAAUAUUUUCUACAGGGUUGACUUUUACAUAUACGCCCGAGCCGGGCCCCCGGCAGGGUUGUCGGGAAGUGGAACGCAUCAUCCACGGUCGCACCUCAAGUCCCGACUCAACCUCACAUUACAACCUAAUGGAAGAUGCCAUUAAUAGGACUUCCCACUGACACAACGGACCGCUGUAUGAUAUUAUAAACACACCUCCAGUGAGUUUAAUACAUAGCUCUACGAUCAACCACUGUGCGAAACGUCAGCAACUGUGUUUCAGUGAUUAGUGUCUAUGUAGUUCAAAGGUCAACGACCACAUAGUGUUCACCUGCUUUUGUCAGAAACAAAAAAAAACAAAUUUUGUGGUCCUUUGACUCCAACGCACAUGUGUACCUGUGUGCUACAGACAAUGUUAUGCUGAGCUCUGAUUGGCUGCAGUGACGUUAAAUCACCAGGGAGAUUAUUUUCUGUGUUCGAAAGGAAAUAUUAGAUAUGGAAUAUCCUGGUGGAGGAAGGAUUUGAUAACUUGAUAAGAUUGACUCUUGUUAGUUCUCAUGCUCUUUGUUACAUAGUGCUAAUUUGCUUUGUAAGAAUUUGAAAAUGUUAGUUACCUCCCUUUUAUAGUUUCCAUGGGUACCGUGAAAAUCCUAGCAUAGUUUCUGUGGUAUCUUUUUAAUACCACCAAUUAUGUUUUGUUAUGAAUCAAGUGACCAGGUGGAAUUAAGAAUUCAUCAAUCCAUUAUCAUUAAUUAUCAUACAGAUAUAAUUACAGAAAACAACUUUUUAUCAUUCAUUCAUGAUAAAAUCUUACGUCUAAAAGUCCCUGUUCUUAUGAAAGCCUUGGUUUUAAUGUCUUUUUAUCUGAGAAAAUGGAUAUUAUAAUUAUAGUGAAAAGAUUGUCUAAAAAGAUGAAAUUUUCCAGACAAAAUAAAAUACUUCUAUUGAUACUGCAUGUGCCCUGGUAUAGCAUCACACUUCUGACUGACCUGGCAGCUUUAUACAUAGUCCUACAAAGAAUGAUGUGGUAUAAGAUAUCUGCUAACUUGUAAACAUGUGUACUAUCAACUCAAUUCUUCAUUGAAUAUGUACUUUCACCUAAAAGUUAACUCUAUUUUUCAUGGUAUUCGAUUAACUAUUCAAAACAUUUGAUAAUAUUACAUCUUUUUGAAAGUUGUUCUGCAUAAAUACAUUACAUUACUUCAAAUAGAGAACUAACUCGUACCUUUUAUCAGGAAAGUAGGAAAAUUGGUCAAGAUGAAGACUAACCUCUCAAUUAAAAAGUAUAAUUGACUGUGAGAUUGUCAAUUAUGACAGUAGGAUAUUGUAGAGAUCUGUGUGAUUAUGCUAAUGAGACUGCCUAACUGUAGAUAUUAUUACAUAUAAUAAUAGAGUUUGUUAUAGGGAGUCUAGUAUUACUUCAGUGUGCCAGUAUAUACUGUAUUUAUCAAGCAAUAAGCCUGUGUUUGGUAAUAAGCCCACCCAUGUCUAUAUUUGUUAGUAGAAUCACAAACUAAUGCAUUUUGUCCCCUGACUUAACUCUGUCCCCUUGGUCAGGUGAAGUGGUUCCCUGGGGCUUCUUUCAGGAUAUAUACAGAUAGAUGUGUAGCCAUAUAAAUCUAGAAAUAGUUCUGUACAAUAUACAGUUAUACCAGAUAUGCAAUCUCUACUUAUAUUUACUGAAUAAGGAUAAGGCAUCUGAAAACCAGUGUGUUGUGUCAAUAAUGAAGAUAAAGCCACAUGUUUCUGACAGAUUGGAGAUGUACUGCUGGACAAGAACUUGUUUUCUUGUUUUGAUUUAUCAGUGUGAAAACAGCAGGUGAUUUUGAUUUGUUUACAUAAAGUAGAAACUAAUUAUAUACAAAAUUUGUAUUUGAAGAUAUAAGAUAUAUUUCUGUACAUUUGAAUAGGUUUAGAGAUAUUUUUGACAACUUUAAUUUUUUUUUUUUUUUUUUUGAUUGAAUGAAAACCAGCAAGUGCCAGGUUAAUAUUUUGUAACAUUGACCUCACAAGCAGUCAGUACAUGUACAAACAAUCAUUUGUUGUGUUAUACUGUUUGGACAAUACUUUUUAAGUGUCCUGACAUAAAAAGAGAAUUCAUUCUUAAUUUCUUUGGUCAUAAUAUUCUUCUUAGCUUCAGUGAGUAUUCAGAUUCACAGAAACCAUCGGAGACAAAAUUGUGUAUAUUUAUAAAAACAAAUCAUACUAUUUUUUCCCACUUUUGAACACUGGACAUUUGUACUAGUGUGACUAUAUUAUUAGUCAUAAAUGUGAUAAUUCUUCUAUCAGUAUAUUUGCAAAGCGACCACCUUUAACCUUGUUACUUGGAAGACGAUUUGAAAUACCUGUUCACUAUUUCCUUGAUUGUCUGACGACCAUUUGAAUCACCAGCUUUGUCCAUUCAUUUAACUUUUCAAAAUUGAAAUAAGUACAUCGGGUUGUAUGGGUAAGUUUAUCAACCGCAAGUGUAAAAAGAUAGAAUUAUUGUUAUAGUGUGUUAUAGAUUGUUUGGGCUAAUAUAAUGUAUGAAUUCAAAUGCACCAUCUGAUUAAGCCUACUAUUUAUAUACAAAUUACCUUUUAAUGAAAAAUGUCAACAAUAUUUUUGUACUUUCUUUGAAAAUCCCAAUAUUAAAAGAAAUUAGAUACAUAUAUUUAUAUCUCAGGCCUCAUUAUCAUUGUCAAAGGUGAAACAAACAUUAUCGUAUAAUAAAAUUGGAGGAGUAUUUUUCAUAAAAUGUAUUUAAGAAGUUUGUCGCUGUUGGGAAUUGAAAUAUACUUGUUAGGAAUCCAAAUAAGGAAUAUGUAGUAUUCUACUGCAGUACAACAUACUUAUUUUUUCGUCCCAAAUAUCAUGUAUUACUCUGAAAAGUUAACAUUACAGUUCAAAUUCAAGCUACAAACAGCAAAGUUGUCUGUAAUAAAUAAUGGCUUAAGAUUUAGAAAAAUAUAGUUUUAUUAAAAAAAAAUCACCAUCCCAAUUUACUCACUUUGAGUUUAACAAAACACCAUUUACUCACUUAGAAUUUAAAAAAAAAAGGACAGAAGAGAGAAAAAAAACACCUUUAUGUACAAUUUGUAGCAAAUUACUAAAGCAUUAUGUUGCGGAAAAUGUAGACAGUUUUUUUAAAUUAGGGCAUUUAUUUUUUUUAGUUAAAAUGGUCUUUUAUAUAUCCUGUUAUAAACUGCUAUUUUUUUUGCUUUGUUAUGUUGCUGCUGUGGUCACAAAUCUUGUUCAAGAUAUUAAAGAACCCUACUUUGUAAAACUGUUGAUUACCUGGUACAUAAAUGCUUUUUACUGGGGUAAUAACCACAAUAUGAAAUGCAAUCAUGAAAUGUUUAUGUUUAAAAUCUAAAAAAUUUAAACAAAUUUUCUCUUCCCAAAUAAACAAAAAUCUGAAUGCAUACAUUUAGUUAACUCACAUAUUUAUUCUGGUUUUAUUUAUUCUAAUUGAUGUCGUUUAAGAUUGUGGAAGCUUGUUAGUUUUCAAUAAUACAUGUCAAGUUGGAUACACUUAUACUUGCACACUGUAAAAAUAGUAUUCAACAUCACCUACGUGUGCUGUGAUAACAACACACUGUGUUAACAAAUCAUUAUACCUUAUCAUCACUUCUAAAGUAUAUUAUUUCUGACUUCAAAUUUCAUUAUUUGAAUAACUUUUGCAUGGGAAUAAUUUUUUAUCCAAGGAGUAAGUGAUGAAUUCUAUGACUGAAGGGUAAAUUUUGUUGUUUUUAGAACCUUUGUAACAUGCUUAAAUACAUAGUUUUUACAAAUAAAACAUUCUAGCUAAUUCAGAAUGUCAUGUAUUGGUACCCACAUUUAUAUUAAAUAUAAACCUCUUACACAAAUUGCUGUAGAGUAUUCAUCUGAUCCAAUAAUUCAGUACAUACUUCAGAUCACAUAUUCCAUCAUCACAGCAUCUAAUAUCUUUUGUUUGGUACGAUUAACUAAAUUUGUUUAUGUAAACAUCAUGGUCUAAGAGUAUGCUGAAAUGUAAGGUUUGGAACAGAGCUGUAGGUUUAAAGAAAAGUAGGGUAUCUAAAAAACAUCAUAUAAUAUGUUUAGGGGGAAAAAAAUCUUAAAGAUCACCUUUUUUAAAUGUAUUUUUCAUUUUUUAGUUAAAACACACUAAAGUUGCCCACGGAUAAAUAAGACAGCUAAUCUAGUAUACACCUGGGUUAUUUUUGAUAAUAUAUUUUGAUAUGUGUCUUCAGCAUAUCGGAUUCAUUUGCUGCUGAUAAGGAAUUGUGUGUCUUACAUUCAACAGAUUUCAAAAUUGGCCAAAAUUCAAAUACAUGUACGAUGAAAAUUACGUACUGUCAGCUCAGAAAUCCCGUCACAUCUUGUAUCAUUCCUCUGGCUGAGAAAUGGCAAUAUCCAUUCAAAACAUAUCACAUUUUAAAAAGAUUGUUGCAUUAAAAAUCCUUACACAUGACAAAGUGAAAAAAGAAGGCAGCAAAUUGAGAGAAGGGAUUUGUUUAGUAUCUGUUUUGGACAAAUCAAAAUAAAAUGAAAUUUUGAUAAACCCCAAUAAUUGUGCAGACUUUUAAAAAAACUCUUCAGUAGAUUUUUAGAUGAUUUGUUCUUAUUUUUUUUUUGAAAAGGCAGCAGGUUUUUGGCAUUUCAGUAUCUAAAGUAUGGAUUUUUUCAUGUGUACAUACAGGAUUGUUUCGGUAAUAUUUCCAUGUUAUAACUGUUUAUCUGUUCAUUUCUUACGAAAACAUAGCUAAAGGGACAUAACUGUAGUUGUUGAGUAAAGUUGUCGGUAAUCUUACAGCUAAAGGGACAUAACUGUAGUUGUCGAGUAAAGUUGUCGGUAAUCUUACAGCUAAAGGGACAUAACUUUAGCUGUCGGUAGAACACGUGCACAAUAUUAAAUUAUCGAAUACUAUGAAGAUGUUGAGCUAUUGUUGGUUUUUAUUAAUUUUUCCAUUUUGCCAAAAUUGAUGUGCUUCUUAUUACAUGUAUUAUUUAUAUGUUUAUUGUGCUUUUAUUGUUAAUUUUGUCAUUUUCCUAAAACCAGUAAGAAUCUAUUAUGGCUCUCUUCUGCUGCAGAUAUCAAUGUGUAUAUAGUGUACAUUUUGUACUAUAAUACUGUAUUUCUUUAUAUAAAUAUGUAAAUAUAACACUAUUUUUUCUGUCCUAAAGUGCCAGUAUAAUUUUUGAAAGUGAAAACAUUGAUGGGUUUAUGAACUUUGUCACAAUAAUGAGAUAUAUGUUUUAUUGAACCAAAAUUUCAGGUAUUAUGUAAAUGUAUGUAAAUAAAUACAAACUACUUCACCUUCA